AUGGACACGGCCUUCCCACUGCACAUGCCACUUGGUCCCCUCGCCAAGGCCAAGCGUCCUGCUGCCCAGGGGGCCCUGUCAGAGGCCUGGGAAGUCCCUGUGCCCGCCUUCAGCCAGCUGGCCCAGCCGUGCUCAGCGGGCAGUGAGCCCCUGUGCCCCUGUCGAGCCCCCAGGGCCAGGGCCAGAGGGACCCUGAGCCGGAGCAAUGACAAAGGCCAGCCCUCUGCCACCUCGCUGCAGGACAUCACAGCCCAGUUCAAUGGACAGCAGAGUUCCCUGGGGCUCCCCAGUGCCGCUGACCCUCUGGCAUGGCUCUACGGGCUGUCGGACCCCAAGCAGCAGAUGAGGAGCCCUGCAUCUCACCCCUCAGAGCCGGCCCCGGAGUCGGACCUACAGGCAACCCCCCGGCUGUUCAGUACUGCCCCUAAGCUGGGUGCCCCAUCUGUACCUGGAGAGAGGUCUUGUCGCUGGCAGCGUUCCCGCAGGCGGGCAGCCCUGCCCGGUUCUGCCAUCAAAGGCCGGCCUGGCCGACCCCAUAACUCGUGCUUGCCUGUGAUUUAUGAGUUGUGAUGGACACAAAUAAAACUCUGCAGGACAGAGGCUCCCCAGUGGCUAUCUGCCAGUGGUCAUUUUUGCCAGGGAUGGUUGUGCCUGCUGCACCCUUGGCACAUG